CCGCGCGCGGUUCGCUGGGACUUGUAGUUGGGGGCCCAUGGCGAGGGCACGGGUCAGUUUGCGGAUCACUGCGUUGCCAGGUGUGGGAUCUCACGUGGGAGGAAUCUGCAUUUCCCUGAGAGGAAGAUAUGACAAAGUUCCAGGAGACAUGAGUGAAAGUUCUGUGGAAAACCAAGAGAAAGAACUUCAGGAUCUGUUAUGGCAUCUACUGGCUAAUUUUGAAAGAGAUGACAAUAUAAUACCUGGAAUCUGGAUUACAUUUAUAAAUCCUUAAAGAAGUCCAUGGGGAUCCUGAGACAUUUCCCUGUGUCAAAAGUGGAGAGAAGCAUCUUGUUAUAGUUCCAGAAACAGGAAUAGUAAUAGUGUAGUUACUCUUUUUUUUUUUUAAGAGAGAGAGAGUGAGGGGGCGGGGAGAGAGAGAGUUUUUUUUAAUAUUUAUUUUUUAGUUCUUGGCGGACACAACAUCUUUGUUGGUAUGUGGUGCUGAGGAUCGAACCCGGGGCGCACGCAUGCCAGGCGAGCAGGCAAGCAUGCUACCGCUUGAGCCACAUCCCCAGCCUGUGUAGUUACUCUUCAAAGUGAUGAUUUCAGAAACAUUGCAAGUGAAAUAUAUUUGUCUUUGAUAUUCCAAGCCAAAUGGCCACACAAGACUCCCCUGUGAAAUUCUGUAAGAAAGAACUUCAGGAUCUUCAGGAGAGCAGAGAUCUCUUUGUAACUGAAGAAAGCACUGAGACAAAAGUAAUAAGAGGGGAAAAUCUUUCGAUAAACCAUUGUUCAGAAAACCUUCAAGUUAAACUUGUGUCUGAUGUAACAGAACUGGAGUCACCAUUGUUUGGUCAUGAGGCCAAUUGCCAGAGUAGACAGUUGGAGGGUUCUCUGGGUCCCUUUGACUGUAACUGUAAAGAUAAUUACAGAUGGAGAUCACAGUUGGUUAGCUGUAGUCAUCAGAGAGCUCACACAGAGGAACAACCUUGUAACCAUAAUGACUGUGGGAAAAUACCAAUUACCAGCCCAGAUGUGCACCCCUCUGAAAAAAUCCAUACUGCAGACAAACAGUGCAAAUGUGGUGGGUGUGGCAAGGACUUCAGUCAGAACUCAGAAAUACCACUUCAUCAGAGAGACCACACAGAAGGAAAACCCUACAAAUGUGAGCAGUGUGGGAAGGGCUUCACCAGGAGUUCAAGUCUGCUGAUCCAUCAAGCAGUCCACACGGAUGAGAAACCUUAUAAGUGUGACAAGUGUGGGAAGGGCUUCACCAGGAGCUCUAGUCUGCUUAUCCAUCACGCAGUCCAUACGGGCGAGAAACCUUAUAAAUGUGACAAGUGUGGGAAGGGCUUCAGUCAGAGCUCCAAACUGCACAUCCACCAGCGAGUCCAUACUGGGGAGAAACCCUAUGAGUGUGGGGAGUGUGGGAUGAGCUUCAGUCAGCGCUCAAACCUCCACAUCCACCAGCGAGUCCAUACAGGAGAGAGGCCCUACAAGUGUGGAGAGUGUGGGAAGGGCUUUAGCCAGAGCUCAAACCUUCACAUUCACCGGUGCAUCCACACAGGAGAGAAGCCUUACCAGUGCUAUGAGUGUGGGAAGGGCUUCAGCCAGAGCUCAGACCUUCGCAUCCAUCUCAGGGUCCACACUGGGGAGAAGCCCUAUCACUGCGGCAAGUGUGGGAAAGGGUUCAGCCAGAGUUCCAAACUCCUCAUCCACCAGAGAGUGCAUACUGGAGAGAAGCCCUAUGAGUGCAGCAAAUGUGGAAAGGGCUUCAGCCAGAGCUCCAACCUUCACAUCCACCAGCGAGUUCACAGGAAAGAUUCCCACUAAGUGACAUGAAACCUGUUCAGGCUUUUGAGUACUUGUACUAUAAAGACUCAAAUAUUUUUAGUAUAACUCUUACUGUAUCUCAUGAAGGAGAUAGAUAGUAAGGUUAUUCAUAUAUGUUCCCUCACUGAAAAAUCAUUCAUCCAUUUAAAGUAUUUAAGUAUCACUCACUGUGUUAUGCUAUACAAUGAGUGGAUAUUAUUCUGGUUGAUGACAGUGAAAACAUCUGUGCUGUGCAAUUUAGCAGUGUUAUUAGAAUUAUGUAUCCUAUCCAGAAUUUUUAACUGCAAGAACUUUAUGUUUAUCCAAGCAGGGCAUGUUUUUCUUUGUUCACAUCCUCUUGAGAAAUAAGACUUAUUGUUUCUCUUCAAA